AGUCUUUCAUCAUUGAGGAUAGAUAGGGCUGGUUGCCUGCAUGUCCACCGCCCCAAGAAUGAGCGCGGGAGAUCUCGUGCUUUCGAGCGCGUGGUGGUGGUGGUGCACCUACAAAAGUGUGCGUACAUUUGCAAGCAAGGACUCGAUGCGCGCCGACGAGGGCCACUUUACUGCAGCCGCGAUUGCGAUUGAGCCCGUUUUUUUUGUUGAAAUAAGCCGGGCCGGACCGUAAGUUUCUGCCCAUUGUGCCACAAGAAAGGGGGGCUUGCGAGUUAUUUGUUCGAGAUGCCCGAGUGGGGAU